CCCUCAUCUUCAUUCUCUGAUUCUAACAACCCAAAAAAAAAGAACAAAGAUUCUGCAUACAUUUUCAAUAUCUAUAAUCUUUAAACCUCCAUUGAUCAACAUAUCAUGAACCCUAAUUUGAUCCACCUGAUCAUAUAUCUACAUCUUCUUCCCAAUCUCCUCACCCUUCCUCCACCGUCCUCCGCCGCUUCAUUAGCGCUAAACUGCGGAUCAAAAGACGGUGGCAAGGAUGCGGAUAACCGAAAAUGGGCAACAGACAGCAAAUACCUGGUCUCCGGUGGCAAAUCGGUAACAUCAACCGCAUUAACACAAGACCCAUCAUUAUCCUCCGACGUACCCUACAUGACCGCCAGAAUAUUCACCGGAGAAACCUCCUACAAAUUUAACAUUAAUUCGACCAGCCGACACAUCCUCCGCCUUCAUUUCUACCCUUCAGAAUACCCUAACUACAACAUUUCGCAGUCAUAUUCAAUCGUGAGCGCGGAUUCAAUAUUAUUGUUAAAAAACUUCAGCGCGUAUAUAACCGCUGAAGCGUUGUCGCAAGCGUACCUCAUUAAAGAGUAUUCGCUUGCUGCAACCGGCUCUGAUAACAUGUUAGUAAAAUUUAAACCAAUGGAUAAAUCAUUUGCGUUUGUUAAUGGAAUUGAACUUAUUCCUGAACCGGAGUUGUUCGAUGAUCAAGCCGGAUUGGUUGGAGUGGCGGAGAAUUCUGGUACAAUUGAUGGUGUGUCCGCAAACAUGCAGAACAUGUUCCGGAUAAACGUAGGCGGACAGUAUAUUCCGCCUACGAAUGAUUCCGGCGGGUUAAUGAGGAGUUGGUAUGAUGAUACACCGUAUAUGUUUGGUGCGGGUACCGUUUCGCACAAAGCGAAUAUAACAAUUGAUUACAAAGACUAUCCGGAGGCUAUAGCUCCGGUGGAUGUUUACCGGACCGCGAGAUCUCAAGGACCGGAUCCGAAUAUUAAUAAGCAAAGUAAUGUGACAUGGUUGUUUAAUGUGGAUGCUAAUUUUACUUAUCUUGUUAGGUUUCAUUUUUGUGAGUAUCAGGUUGAUAAGAUUAAUCAGAGGGUUUUUGAGAUUUAUUUGAACAACGAAACCGCGUUUGCGACCGCGGAUAUUAUCGCGUGGACGGGUGGGAAAGGGAUUCCGACGAGGAAGGAUUACGCGAUUUACGUCGGCGAUAAGUCCGGUGAUGAAGAGUUGUGGGUGACUUUGCAUACUAAUAUUGAUUUGAAGCCUGAGUUUUAUGACAUACUUUUGAAUGGGUUGGAGAUUUUUAAAAUUAGUGAUUCGAAAUCGAGUUUGGCGGGACGGAAUCCGGUCCCAUCGGAGAUGAUGCAGAAACAACUGAUCGCGAACCGGGAAGCUUAUGACCCGGACGCGAUCAGAGUAACACAUGUUGUGGGUGGGGCGAUGGGUGGGGUCGCGACUAUCGGGGUGGCAAUGGCUUUGGUAUUCGUGAUUCGUCGGAGACGACAAGUUGCGGGGACGGAUUCGGGUGUCACGAGUUGGCUCCCGUUAUAUGGGAACUCGACUAGCAAAUCUAGUGUAUCCGGGAAAAGCCAAUGUGGUAGUAGUUUGUCGACGGACGCUGUGUGCAAUUCUCGAUAUUUUUCCUUAGUCGAGAUCAAAAGCGCCACGAAUAAUUUCGAGGAGGGUAACGUUAUCGGGAUCGGGGGUUUUGGUAAAGUUUAUAAGGGGAUAAUUGACGGGAAUAUGAAAGUGGCGAUAAAACGAGCAAACCCGUCUUCGGAUCAAGGCGUUAACGAGUUCGUGACAGAAAUUGAGAUGUUAUCGAAGCUAAGACACCGGCAUUUGGUUUCGCUCAUCGGGUUUUGCGAAGAUAGCAACGAGAUGAUUUUGGUUUAUGAUCACAUGGGUAAAGGAACGUUACGGGAUCAUCUUUAUAAGGGUAACAUGAUUACUCUUACAUGGAAACAAAGGCUCGAUAUCUUAAUCGGGUCCGCGAAAGGGCUACAUUACCUACACACUGGAGCAAAAUACACGAUCAUCCAUCGAGACGUGAAAACGACAAACAUUUUACUUGAUGAUAAUUGGGUCGCGAAAGUAUCAGAUUUUGGGUUAUCUAAAACGGGCCCGAAUUUGAACCAAAACCACGUUAGCACCGUGGUAAAGGGUAGUUUCGGGUACUUGGAUCCCGAGUACUUCAGAAGGCAACAGUUGACGGAAAAAUCAGAUGUCUACUCAUUCGGGGUUGUUCUUUUCGAGGUGUUAUGUGCCCGGCCUGCUUUGAACCCGAGUCUCCCAAAAGAGCAAGUGAGUUUAGCGGAUUAUGCAUUGCAAUCAGCGAGAAAAGGGACGUUGGAGGAGAUGGUGGACCCACAUUUGAAAGGGACGAUUCAACCCGAGGCGUUUAAGAAAUUUACUGAUUGUUCGUUGCGGUGUUUGUCGGAUCACGGGCUGGAACGACCCUCGAUGGGUGAUGUGUUAUGGACUUUGGAGUUUAUUCUUAAACUUGAAGCAAAAGGCGACGAGACGAGAAACGAGAAGAAGUCGGGAUCUUCGGGGAUGGUUGAAGUGCCGAUUCAAAGUAGCGAUAUGAUCGCGAUGCAUAUGAACACGUUGAGUCUCGAUGAUGAUGAGUAUGAUUAUGAUAGUGAUGAUGAUGGUAAUGCGUUCUCGCAGAUUGUUGAUCCAAAAGGAAGGUGAUUGAAGUUGUGAAUCAUUUGGGUUGGCCAAAAAAUAAAAUAAAGUGACUUUGUUACUGCUCCGGAUCGAACUGGGGAGCUUCCGUGCGUAAAACUGACGUGAUAAC